AUGGCUGAGGACAAUCACACAGUUGUGAGGGAGUUCAUUCUUCUGGGCUUCACCGAGUCCCCAAUGUCGAAGAGAAUACUUUUUGUGCUAUUUCUCGGCAUCUACUUCACCACACUAGUGGGCAAUCUGGGGAUGACGGGGUUAGUCAGGGUGGAACCCCAUCUUCACACCCCAAUGUACUUCUUCCUCAGUAACUUAUCUUUUGUGGACGCAUGCUACUCCUCGACCAUAGCCCCCAAGAUGCUGGUUAACUUCUUAGCAGAAAAGCAAACCAUUUCAUUUGGGGGAUGUGCUACCCAGCUGUGCUUCUACAUUGCUUUUGCCACGACGGAUAUCCUGCUCCUGGCUGUCAUGGCUUACGACCGUUACGUCGCCAUCUGCAUACCACUGCUCUACCCAGUGAUGAUGUCGAGGAAGAUGUGCUUCCGACUGGUGGCGGGUUCCUUUUUAGGAGGGAGCCUGAGUUCUCUGAUCCACACCAGCUUCACCUUCCAGCUAUCCUUCUGUCACUCCAACAUCAUUGACCAUUACUUCUGCGAUAUCCCUCCUCUGUUAGCCCUCUCCUGCUCUGACACCCGCAUCAACGAAAUCCUGAUUUUUGCUCUAGGGAGUUUGGAAGCGGCAGUCUCUCUUUCAACCAUCUUCUUCUCUUAUUUGUUCAUACUCCUAACCGUCCUGAGGAUCUGCUCGGCCGAGGGCAGACGUAAAACCUUCUCCACCUGCACCUCCCACCUGACAGCUGUCGUUCUAUUGUAUGGGACGCUGACCUUCAUAUACUUGCGUCCCAGCUCCACCUCUGUGCUGGAUCAGGAGCCGGCGGUGUCUGUCUUCUACACGACGGUGAUCCCUAUGUUGAACCCUCUGAUCUACAGUCUGAGGAACCGGGAGGUAAAAAGUGCCCUGAGAAGAGUCCUGGAGCGAAAACUGGUGUUUUGGUCUAGGUGCCGAUCUGACUCAUCUGUGAUGCCCAGAUGA